CAAGCUCUAUCUCUUGACGUCUUCACUGCACCUCUCUCGUUCGUUUGCCUCAAAAGCCUGUUCAAUGUCCACUCAAGCACCAUUAGACCCAUUCGCUGUGUCUAAUGUUGCUGCGGAUGAUGCCUCUUUACGCCAAGGGGUUGAACGGCUCAAUCAAUGCUGUUCUCGAACCACAAGCUUCAUCACGGACCGACAAUCCAGCCUUGCAUGCUGCAUGGUGCUCAGAGUCCAGCAAAUCAGCCGAAAGGAUAAUGACAAAGCUUUGCCCGGGAUGUCCGAUGAUUUAUCGUCGACGUGCAUCUAUUAUGCUUCCGGAGUGUACUUGUCAUGCGAUUGAGCACACGUUAGCGUGCAUUGUCGCGUCUUUGUGGCUGCUUCUAGCCCCUCUUCAGCAUGCUGAGCGUUCGCUCUCCAUCUGCCGUCACUUCUGCGUGCGGGAGGUUGAUCAGAUGAGACUCCACUUAUCUGAUAAGAUUGUGACAGGAACGCCGCAUCAUCUUAUCAGAUAAAGGGUUCAACCGAAGGACAUACUUCCCGCUCGAUGUAAAAUUGUGUCCGUGGUGGACGAUGUUCCCUUUAUGGUUCCCGAUGCUCUUUCAAUGCAUGACAAUGACAUUGAGCGCAACGGGAUUCCUAACGCCGUCCCCCAAUUCAGGUUGCUGUCUUGCUUCGAUCAGGGCAACAUGCUGCAGCAGCGAAGUUUAACCAGAGAUACCCUCGAAACCCCUCGAAAAAUCCGUAGGGUUGAAAUGUUCAAAUUUUCGAUCGACAACCGCCCUUAUAGCUCGAGCUUCUGGGCUGUCCGACCAUCGCUCCUGGGCACUUUCUGAGCUUCCCUCCCCCGUCACAAUUCUCCCCGGCCAUCAUGCCCAAAGUAUUGGCAAGCCCCUUCCCUCCAUGGCUCAAUGAACUAAAACGCCACGGCGAAGAGGAUUAUCCUAGGUACAUCUGGUACAUCUAUCUCGGAUUUUUCGCUCUCGCGACCUUCAUCAAUGUGUGCUCCAAGUUGUGGGUAUGGCACCGACGCCGCAAUGCUUCGAGCAUCCGGUCAUCAUACCCCACAGUCAAGGAUGGAUCGUCGGCUAGUCGUCUACCAAUGGCACUGCUUACCGCGUCCCGAAUUGUCGGGUACCGAUGGAGGAUCCCCGCCGUCAAUAUGGCCGUUGUGGAGAUGCUCCUGAUCUCGGCCUAUAUCGUCAUAUUGUUCAGUUUCGAGUUUUGCAACACUCAGGGUCUGGUGCUACGUUAUUUUGCCAAUAGAGCAGGACAUAUUGCAGGCGUUCAAUUCCCUCUUAUCGUUGCCCUAUCGUCGAAGAACAAUAUGGUGCAAUUGUUGACUGGCGUUAGUCACGAGAAGCUGAAUCUCAUGCACCGCGUUACCUCCCGCGUCACGCUGGUCAUGGUGUGGAUACAUUGGUGGUCUAGAUACGUCACAGAGAUGGACUUUUUUGAAGAGGCCUGGAUAACAUGUGGUCUCUUCGCGGGCAUUACCUUCUCACUUCUGACCUUGAUUUCUUUCCAACCUAUCCGCAAACGAUUCUACGAGUUUUUCUACAUUUCGCAUGUCUUCUUGGUGAUGGUUUUCUUGGUACUCGCAAUCAUUCAUUGUGCAGGUGCCAGUCCUGGAAUGCCAUUCUACAUCUACCCAUGCUUCAUCGUUUGGGGCUUCGACCGUCUCUGUCGGUUCACCCGCUAUGUUGUCAUGAACAACUUCAUCAAACCAAAGGCAUCCGCCGGAGAACUUGAACUUCUCAAUCACGACACUUUACGCCUAAAGAUUAAACGACGCAUUCCCCUCGGUUGGCGUGCUGGACAACACGCUUUCCUCGCUUUCCCCACUCUCAACCCGACGCAAUCUCACCCGUUCACUAUCGCUACCAUUCCAGACGGUGAAAGCAAAGAGCAAGUCUUGAUGUUUGUCAUCCGAGUCAGGGAAGGAUUCACGAAGAGGAUGAGAGACCACGUGCAUGCGAAUGGUAUUGGCCAUUUGCCGGUCUUCAUGGAUGGACCAUAUGGCGCUCCACCCGAUAUCACUCCCUUCGAGACUUGUAUUUUCAUUGCCGGUGGUUCUGGAAUUUCGUACAUUCUGCCUCGCUUCCACGAGAUCAUCAAGCAAGCGUCAGCAGAAAAAGCCUGCGCACGUCGUAUCGCCUUUGUCUGGGCUAUUCGUGAACCAUCCCACAUGCGCUGGCUCUCCGAGAACCUCACUACGAUCCUCGCCUCCGCCCCGUCUACUCUAGACAUCUCCGUAUCCAUAUUCAUCACCAACACCUCACAACAAGAAUCUCCUUCACUUGACGACCCUUCCAGCAAACGUUCAUCCGCCACCGACAUUGAAAAACAACAUGACUUGGGCUCUGGAGACGAGAAAGUGAGCGAAAAGGAUACUGACACCCUCGAAACCCUCGGUGUAGAAUUAUAUACCGGGCGCCCGGAUGUUCACAAGAUUUUGGAGGCCCAGGUUAAGGCGUCUGUGGGUCCUGUUUCUGUGGAUGUGUCUGGACCGACCCCGUUGGUUAGCGCCGUUCGCUCCGCUUUGUCGUCUUCGUUCGCUGGUCCGAUGAACGUAUUGAAAGGCGGUCCGAUGAUUCAGUUGAACGUGGAAAACUUCACGAUGUAAAAGCGCAAAAGAUGGAAGAAGACGAAGGGGGGGAAAGGAUGCUCACGAGUUGUCAUGAAUUGGCACACGCAGGGCGUGUUGAACGAAACGUUGACUAUGUUGAUUUAUGUUUCUUAUGUUUGUGCAUGCAACCAGAUGGCCGGACCCCUGGUGUAGAAUGAAAUAAAGGCAUUGUUGUACGUUGUGGAAGACAAAUUUGUAUCUAUCAAUUAUGAAUAGAAAUAUGUACUGUUUUC